AUGAGCGUCGCACUGGCAUCUCAAGUCAUCGGGUUCAUCUCGUUUUUCAUCACGCUGAUGACAUUACUUGGCGUCUAUCGCGAUCUAAUAUCCACGCUACGCACCGCACCGAGUAGCAUCCCCGUAGCACUGGGCAAUCUGCGGCAAGAGAUCGAAGCGGAGCGUCUCUUCCUGCAAUACCGCCUGCAGCAAGAGGCGGACCCGUACUCAGUGUUUCCGAGAUCGCGACGGAAACAUCGACGGCGGAAGCGACGUGAGGUUGCGCAGCUGCUCAGCCUGACCAUCAGUGAUCUGUGGAUGGAGUUCAAGAACCUCGAGCGUCCGUUCUUGAUUCGUCAUCCACGGCGCGCGGAGGAGGUGCAGCGCGGGGAUUUUUGGGGGGAGAGUGAUCUUGAUGAUCAUGAUGAUGAUGAGAGAUCUCGUGCGAAAAGAGGUCGUGAUCGUGACGUGGAGAAACCGCCGCUGAAUGUUGACGAGAAGAAGAUCAAUAAUCGUAUGGGCAUGGCGGAGGCGGGAUUGUCGUCAGAUCAGACAAGGUAUUACAAUACUGAUUUGGUGCAUCGGUUUAUCUGGUGGCAGAGUAAGGGCUCCGUGGAGAAUAUGCUACAGCAGGUGCAGAGGAUCCAGAUACGGAGGAUUGAGAGGGAUGCGUUCGAGACGGAUGAGCUUGUUAAGCGGUGUUUGAAGGUCUUGAGUACGAGAGGGGGGGGAAGGAGUGGAAGUCGCGGUGGUGGUGGUAGCAGCGGAUCAGGGAGCGACGGGAGGGGUGGUAGUGAUGGCAAUGGCGUCCGCCGGCGUAGUGUGCAAUCCAAGAAUGGAAGUGUGCGCGUGCAGUCUCGACGUCGCAGUAAUGCUAGAAGCCAGUUUCGAGAUGUGUCUGAGAGAAGACAUGUCGUCAGAGCAGCUCGGCGAGAAAAUGGUACCGCUGUGGGGGAUACUGAAGCAAGUAAUACUGUCCGGCCGAGAGAGCGAACUCCAGGUCCACGAUAUGAAUAUGAGGUGGUGCAACCAGGCAGGAUAUCUAUUGAUACUGAGGAUAGAUGGGAACGACGGUAUCGCGGUCGAGAACAAUAG